UAGUUUUUAAAGUACAAAGUAGUAAAGUAAUAUCAAACCAACUUGUUUUUUCAGAUUUUAUAUUCAUUUAUUUUGUUUGUUUAGUUUUACUUUUGCAAUCAAUAAUCAUGACUUAUCAUCAAAAGAAAGGAGAAAAGCACGAAAAAGGGGAAUUUAAAUGUUUUGAUCAUGUGACAUUUUGGGUCGGAAACGCAAAACAGGCAGCGAGUUUUUAUUCCACUCAUAUGGGGUUUGAACCUUAUGCCUACCGUGGUCUCGAAACAGGAGAAAGAAACGUUGUCUCCCAUGUUGUAAGACAAAAUGACAUCAUAUUUGUGUUCCAAUCUGCUUUAAACCCGGGCAACACUUUAUUUGGAGAUCACAUCACCAAGCACGGGGACGCAGUGAAGGAUGUCGCGUUCACUGUGGAGGAUUGUAAAGCUCUUGUGGAGGCGACCAAAAAGCGGAGCGAGGUUGCGGUAGUGAAAGAUGUUUGGACCGAGAGCGAUGAAAAUGGUUCGGUAAAUUUUGCGAUUGUUAAAACGUACGGUGAUACAACGCACACACUGGUGGAAAGAAGUGGUUACAAAGGAUUGUUCUUACCAGGGUAUAAACCUCCACUGUUCGUGCCGGCUAUAUAUAGAACAUUAUCAGUUCCUGCCAUCCACCACAUCGAUCAUGUAGUUGGAAACCAACCCGACCUGAAAAUGAUACCUGCUGCAGAAUGGUACGAGAACAAUCUUCUCUUUCAUCGAUUCUGGUCGAUUGACGACGACCUGAUGCACACUGAGUACAGCGCUCUACGAUCCACUGUUGUUACUAACUUCCAGGAAACGAUAAAGAUGCCUCUUAAUGAACCAGCACCCGGCAAGAGGAAGAGCCAGAUCCAGGAGUAUUGUGAAUAUAAUGAUGGGCCCGGGGUUCAGCAUAUCGCAAUGCAUACGAAUGAUAUUAUAGCAGCAAUUGAGGCUUUGCGAUCACGCGGCAUGGAGUUCCUUACAAUCCCCGAUACAUACUACGUUAAAUUGAAGGAAAAACUUUCCAAAUCCAAAACUAAAGUUAAGGAAGACAUGGAUGUUUUGCAGAAACACAAGAUUUUAGUUGAUUUUGAUGACAACGGUUAUCUGCUCCAAAUCUUCACGAAACCAAUGCAGGACCGCCCAACUUUCUUCCUGGAAGUUAUUCAACGUCGUAAUCAUCAUGGUUUUGGGGCUGGGAACUUCAAGACUUUGUUCGAAGCGAUUGAAAUUGACCAGGCAGCCCGUGGGAACCUCGUCGCAGAAUAGAUAUCUUAUAAAAUAAUUCAACAUAAAUCCACCUCAAAUAUUAAUGUUUGCUAAUAUGUAAAAAUAUUAAUUAAUUUUUAUCAAUCAAAUGUGAGUAUUUCAAAAUAAAUGUUAUAUAGUUUAAAGUUAGAUCCACCAAAUGGAAACCCAUCUGUGUAUUAUCAUUGAUAUAUUAUUAUGUUUAAUAAGUCUGUUUUAUCUGGGGUUAAUAUAUAUAAAGUACUGUGAAGGUUGUCCCAUAUUUCCUAAUCAAGUUUUUCAACAAUUACUAACAACCCUUUUAACCUAUAACCUUUUACUAUCUAUGUAACAUUGAUAUGAAAAUAAGACGUUUUAAAAUAUAACUUCACUUAUGUAUUUUAAGAGAUUGUAUUAUAUCUGUUUUUCCACUACUUUUAAUGAAAUAACUUCUUAAUUUUAGAGUGAACUUUGCUUUUAGCUGUUUUUCAGUGGUUUUAAUUAUUUAUCUGUUUUGGAAAUUAUUUAAUGAAAUAGCAUUGUGAGCAAAUAAUCUAUGCUUCAGUAUACACAACUGUUGAAACACAUUUUGUAUUAAAUUUAUGCGCAAUAAAAGUUUGAUGUGCCCAAAA